AUGGAUGCCAGCGCAGAAAAGCCCACCCCGUUGGCAUCGUCCAAUUCCGGCAUUCCUACUCCAAGUGGUGGGCGGCAACAGUUGAGCUCGAAACCACACACGGGUAAGACUAGACGGCCGACCGAAGACGCAGCAAGACGCUUGAGCCGUUGGUUGCUGGACAAUCAAGUCGCCUUCUCGUUCAAUCUUGUCGCGCUCUUGUUCUUCACACACGCUUGCAUACCCGCGGCCCGGCAAUACACGUCCAAGUUCUUCACUCUUUCUUACCGCAAUGACAAGACUGGCAAGUAUGCCGCGGGGCAUGACGACUUGUACUUGAUGGCGUUUUUCAUCGUCCUCCUUACCGGGCUUCACGCUUUCUGCAUGGAUCAUAUUCUCGCGCCAUUGGCCUCUCGAUGGGGCGUGCUGGGCAACAAAGAUGCAACCAGAUUCGCCGAACAAGGCUGGAUGUUGAUGUACUACAACGCCUUUUGGCCUGUAGGCAUGUACCUUUACUACAACUCCAAGUACUUCUUGAACAUGGAGGAGCUCUGGACCGACUGGCCACAGCGCGAGAUAGAUGGCUUGAUGAAGGCCUACAUUCUCGGACAAUGGGGCUUUUGGAUCCAAAUGGUGCUGGUCAUCAAUAUUGAAGAGCGCCGAAAGGACCACUGGCAAAUGUUGACACAUCACUUUGUUACCAUUGCCUUGCUGGCGGGCUCGUACGCUUACCACCAGACUCGGGUCGGCAACCUCAUUCUGAUCCUGAUGGAUGCCAUUGAUCUAUUUUUACCACUCGCAAAAUGUCUCAAGUACCUCGGCUUCACCACAAUCUGCGACGUUAUAUUCGGAGGAUUCAUCAUCUCGUGGGUGCUCGCUCGGCACGUCUUGUAUAUGGUGACGUGCUGGAGCAUAUACUCUGACUUGCCGAGAAUGACGCCGCCCGCUUGUUAUCGCGGCAGUGCCGACAACCUCGAAGGCCCCUUGCCCAUCCCCACCACAGGUCGGAGCCAUCUGCUGGAACCCUUUCGCAACCCCUCGGGAGUUGUGUGCCUCGGCCAUGGCAUCAUGUAUGUCUUUCUAUCAUUCCUCCUGGCUCUGCAGGCCAUGAUGAUUAUGUGGUUCACAGUCAUUGUACGAAUCGUUGUGCGCAUGCUCCAGGGCAAGAGGGCCGAGGAUCUUCGAAGCAACAGCGAGGCGGAGGAGAGCGACCAAGUAGAGGAAAUGGAAGACGAUGGACCUCAACAGCCACGAUACCUGGAAAAGGAGUGCGUUGGUGAAGCCAUUGACUGGGCGGCACGGGAGCGACGCGCUGCGGGGGCAAGGGGAACUGGCAACAGCAGCGGCGUCAGCUUCGCCGGCCACCGGGACCGCAAGGAGCUGCUUAACCGUAUUGGAUGCGAGAAACAAAUCGAAUAA